AUGUUUCUGCAAAAUCAAACUCAACAACUUCCCUCUCCAAUCCGCUCAAGUUCCUUUCAUCCCUCACGAAAACCACUCCACCUUCCUCUUAACCCAUUAACCCACCAACCUUCAUUUCCUCUCGCCAUCACCAUCGUCGACCACUACCUUCUUCCGACGCCACUUUUUCACUCUUCACCGGCUUCAAAGAACUCGAAGGAGGAUUUCUUUCACUUGAGGAAAUUGAUGAAGCUGAGUACGGAUGGUAAUGAGGAAGAGAACAUUGAUGAAACUGAAUAUUAUGCAUGGAACGAGUUGAGACUUCAUCCUCUUUUAAUGAAAGCAAUACACAAGUUGGGAUUCAAGGAACCAACACCAAUACAAAAAGCUUGUAUUCCGGCUGCUGCUCACCAAGGAAAGGAUGUUAUUGGGGCUGCAGAGACAGGAUCCGGUAAAACACUUUCAUUUGGUUUGCCCAUUUUGCAACGUCUUUUGGAGGAGCGCGAGAAGGCUUCAAAUGGGGUCGGUGAAAAAGGAAGAAGCUGCGGCGCGAGAGGAAGAAGAGAGAAGCAUUUAAAAAGCUGA